GCGUGGAAUGCUUUCUUGGCUAUUUUUCGACCUUAUAACAUUAACUACAAAAGUGGUUGAAACGCUUCAACGCCCCUUACACUGAGCGAUCGACUUUUGUUGCCAGCGUUGUUUCUCUCCAAAGGAAGGAAGGUAGGAUAGAAUAAUUUACGAUUAUUUAUAAGUAUUUCCUGAAGCAGGUGCUCCUUUCUUUCACCAUUUAGACAGUUAUUGUCUUAAGCGAUACAAGCAGGUUAUUUAGUUUUUACCCGUAAACACAGGUGUACAAAGCCCUAGAACUCUGCGGGCCGGGUAUUUAAACGACGUGUAACUAUGAUUGCGGUUUAAGGCAGCAGAGGGUCUUCUAGUCUGUUUGCAAUUUGGUAUUUAUGGAUUAUUGUUUUCCAUUCUGCGCUGUUUUCAGUAAUGUUCAGAUUUUACAUUUGGCCUUUAGACAAAACGCGGCUGUGUUAAACAACGGCCCAGCGUGUCCAUGCCUUGUCUCGUACGUACAGUUUUCCAAAUGAAAGGGGCAACCUAUCCCUGGUAUAAUAAAUUAUCUCGACGUUUAAUGCCUGGAACUGAAUGCUUUUUGCACUCUUGCUUUGGUCAGGGCGUGGUUAAAAUUGUCUGGUUGUGUACAUAAAAUUGUAAAUAUAAAAGGAAACUGAGAUCAGGAAUUCAGAGACAUCGUUUUGUUUCACGUAACUUGACUGCUAACCCUUAAAAACUGAAAGGUGAUUUACAAUUAAAUCAAAUUUAGAUUGUAAAUGGCUCUAGUUGAUCUGUGACUCCUAUUAUGUACCAUUCGCCCCAUGUUAGGGAAUCCGGAUUCCGAAAUCAGAAAAAGUUUUGUUUGUGGAAUUCGGAAUCCAGAAAAAUUUUCCUUUUGAAAUCCAGCCGGAAUCCUGGGCUUUGGAAUCCAAAAAAUAGCUCAAGAAAACCAGAAUCUCAAUAACGAUCGGAAUUCAGAAUCCAAUUCCACUGACAAAGACUGGACUCCCUGGAAUCCGGAGCAAUCCGCGGCGUGGAUUGCAGAAUUCAAAACUGUCUUGGAUUUCCUUAUACGGGGCAAACCACUGAUUACUCACUUUUCUUUGUUUAGUGUGAUAAGCAAUUUUUUGUUCAAAAUGUUCGUUACGAGUCAUGAUCUCUGCUCGUAGCUUUUUUUUUUCGAUUUGUGCUAAUACCAGUGAUUUAACCAAUUAGGUCUGAAUUCAGGAGAGGACUUUUUGGUCAUUAAAGAGGGAAAGAUGCUUGCCUCUUAGGUAUAUAUUUGAGCCUGAGACCCAAGCAGCUCCAAGUGACUUUCGUAACCUGCACAUUCAGCUUGUGCGAUUAUGGUGUUUCGUCUGCGCAUGCGGCGAAGCCUUCUAAAAUUUGUCUUCAGCUUUCGCUCUCCGAUCAAAGCAGGAGGGAGAGCCCUCUAAACGAGGUUGCCAGGAAUCGACCUUUCCAGGCAAUUUGAUGAGUUAAAAAUUAAGACGCUUUGAUAUUUUUCCAUCGCCUUGAAAGUAAUUUUAUCCUUAUUCGAUCGCCAUAACAUUUUCCCUGCUAACUGAACUUGGAUUGAAGUUUGUUAAAAUGUAGUUUUAAGUAAAAUCGAUAUUGCCAUGACAACGAUGUUAAAGAAGAAUUUUGUGACAUUUACAGAUCAGUCAUUGAAAACUGAAAGCCUGAGUGAAUAUUGGUAUGCUCUCCGAAAAACUGUGUCGAAACAAAUUAAUUUACCGCGUCUAACUUGUUACUUUCAUGUAUAUAAAUCAGAUAUAUAGAUAAAGGCGCCUAAACAUAUACCUGCUCACACUUGCUAUGUCAUUAUUCAAGGUCAAUACACCACACGUAGGAGUGACACUCAGCUAAGACAGCAAUGCAACGCCAUCUUUUAAUUUCUUCUUUUCUACUCUGUGGACUUUCAAUUUGUUCGGGUAAGCACAUUAUACUAUAUUUCUAUUUUAUUUUACCGUAAUAUUUCCAAAAGACCUAAGAUCUAGGGUGCUUUAUUUAAUACUGAUAACUUUAACAAGAGAGAAGAAAGAUUACUCUCCCUUGACUUUAAAAAUCAAUAAAACAAUUUGAAUAUUUUUCAAUUGUUCCACUGACCGUUGUCGAGGAAUGAAGGUUAUCAACGAACCAAAACAGGACCAAUCAGGUGUUAACCGCGAAUGCCGCUAACCUGGCUCAGAGAAAUUAGAGACCCUUGUAACAGUUGUACUACGUUGCUCCCGCCUUUUGUAAUCUUUGCGCAGCGCUUCCUAUCACUAAUUGUACCGUUUUAGUUUUAGCAGGUCCUUCGCCCCAGUGGCUUUACCAACGAAUUCAUGCUCUUCCGGUUAAAGGUGGUCACUUGACCACUGAGCCUCAUGCCAAAAAGUCAGAGAUUCCGGAACACAAAAAGAGGAAAGACGGCGUGAAGAGACUGUUUAACUUCCUGGAUUCUGCUAUACAAGACAGCGGAAGUGGAAGCGGAGAAGGAUCGGCUCAAGAUUCGGUUGCUAUGACUACCAAGGAAAGUUCCGGUUUAGCUGAAAGGCCCGAAAAGCAAUUCACUACGGACGGUAGGCAUAAGCAGCAGGAAAUAAACAAACCACUCAACGCUGCGGAGAACUUAACCAAAGAACAACAGAAAGCGGUGGACAAGCCUAAAACAAGUUUUGCCAGUCAUACUCAACCGGUUUCAACAGGCUUUUCUGGAUCAGGGCUAGAGAAUAUACAGCUGGCUAACCGGUACGCGGCUCAAAGCCCGCAGGUAACCCCAAAAAGUUACUUUACUGCACAGAGAACAGCUGGGUAUGGAACUUUUAAAGCGCCACAAACUUCAACAUGUAAGUAGAUAGAAGAAGUGUUCACGGCCAAGAGUGUAAUUUUUUUCAGCAUGUCGCCCACUGUGACGGAAUCCAAGACCGUCUUGGAUGCUCUGGAUUCCAAGCUGUGGAUUCCAGAUUCCAGGCACUGGAUUCCGGAUUUUUUGUCAGUGGAACUUGGAUUCCGGAUUCCAAUCGUUAGUGGGAUUCCGGAUUCCUUUAGCUGUAUUCCGGAUUCCAAAGCUCAGGAUUCCGGACUUCACCAUCUAAAAUUCCCGUAUUCUGGAAUCCGGAUUCCCUGACAUGGGCACAACUAUGGUUAAGCAAAAAAAUAAAUGCCUCACCUCUUAUCUGCAAUUGAUCUUUUUUUUUUUUUUAAUUUGAAGUAAAAUCUGAACCUUAAGACAGACACUCUUUUAGAGAACACACCCUUAGCUACCCUUCACUGGAAAUCACACAAUAGUUGUGGGUUGUCUUUUUUACGUAUUCGAUUCACUACUUGAUGCACAUGCCAUAUUUACUAUGAGUAGGCUGAAGAAAGUAACACUGCGAUAAAAACAAACAAACAAACUAACUAACUAACUAACAUCCCGUGCAUAAGGAGUUGCACCUAUGUGCAUUCACCCUUCCUACUAAGUUUCGCCUCUGUAUUCCUAUCAGAUUCACCAAACAUCUCUCCGUACAUGCGCUCCAUACCAGCUCAGAAAAUAGCUUCCGUUUACCCAGUGGCUGGUCAGCGGCCUAACUCUUAUGGUCAUACAACUUUACGUACACGACCACUAGCUAUCCCCGUGCGAAGUCAAGUUACUGGUAAUGAAAUCCGACCCCAGCAUUCUUCCGCAACCGCCCAGCAAAUGCUUGGUAUGUUAAGCGCUACUUAUUUUCGACGAUAAUAACUUAGCCUUUUUUCACUUUUAAUCUAUAUCAUUAUUAAAAUAAUAUAGUGCAAUCUCGAUGUAACAAAUCUCUAUAUAACUAAGUCCUCGGUGUAACGAACGAUUUUCUUUACCCCAGUAAUAGUAAAAUAUAUGGAAAAGAACCUCAAUAUAACGAAACCUCGUUAUAGCGAACAAAUUUUGCCAGUCUCUUGGCACUUCGUUAUAUCGGGGCUCCACUGUAUCUUCGUUUCGAGAGUAACGUGUGGUAUUUUAGACUGCAUUUCCUUUUUGUCGUUCCAUCUUCCAAUAGACAUGAAACCCCUAUGUUAUUAGGUCAAUAGCCUGGGACUAGGCCCCGCAGUGGGGAGAAAAGGCAAAAGACUGGGUGAAACAGCAAAAAAAUCGGCGAGCGAUGCGAAACCGAGCGGUGAACUGGGGGAGGGGAAAAGGCAGUGCUUUCCCUCCCCAGACUACCGUUCGGUUCGCUUCAUUCGCCGAUUUUUUCAUCUUUUUUGCACUGAAUUGAGGACCCUGGUCCCAGUUACGAAGUAGGUCCGCAAUAGGUGUCAGCAGGUCUGCUACAAGUUCGCAAUUUGUUAUAUUACCUGAGACAAUGCUUUUGAGUCUGUGGAUAAAAUCGAUGUGAUCAUUCAAGUGAACGUUAGUGAGCAGUACGUCUGUGGUACUGUUCUUAAUGAUGUACAAAUUGGUUCUAGUCUUUAGAUGAAAAUUUAAGAAUAGGAUGAAAGCUAGGUCUGAGCAUUACUUUGCUUUAUACAGUUAAUUAACAGAUCAUCCCACAAGUUUAUAGCUCUAUCGCAGAGCCAAUUACCUACCACUUUUGUCCCUUUUUCGUAGGGGGCCCAAACAGAUCAAAUAUUCAGGCACCGUAUUAUAUCACAACGACCAUUAUGGGCCCUAAUGAAUAUGGCACCUAUAACGUUGAUGCCCACGGAAUUCCUGCUGCUGAGAGGAAAUCACCAGAUCCUCUUCAAUUGAAACCAUACGGUGAGGUAAAAAGACAACGCGACGAGUUUCACCAACAAGCUAGAGCUCUUAUCCCUGGCAGUGUGCCCAUUAGAACUUACAAUCGCUAUCCCUACCACCUACCCCAAAGGAAUCUUCCUGGAGAAGUCCGAGGUAUCAUUCAAAGCCGGUUGCCAUAUCAUCGUGCAAAUCCGUUAGUAUCGCGGGCACAAAUCCCCAUAAUGCAACGCGCGGUAGUGACUGCGCCAAACCCAGCACGAUUUCCUGGCCAAGUUUACUACAGAAACAACAUUCCUCAGCAACAAGCUAGCCUCGCUUUGACAGAGCAUAUGAUGCGAAGCAAUGGGUAUCCGCUGGUUACGCGGGCGCCUGUUGCAGUUGGUAGGGCGGUGAUCAACCGAAAGCCGCAGCCUGGUAAUAUUGCGACGUCACUAGCUGCGGCGGCUGCGAGACUCGUUGCUCCAGCUCGACCAGAAGCUUACGAAAACUCAGCCACUGCAGAGGCAGUUGGCUCUCUUUCUGCUCCAUACUUAGGGGUGCACGCUGUCAGGUCAAGUACACACCCAGGCCGAUUGUAA